CAGCAGUGAUCAGAUGUCCUCUCCUCUCUGGAUGGACUCCAUCUCUGAGACUCAAACUCACUUUUCUGUGGACGGAAACCUCUGUUUUUUAAAUAAAUUUCUUCUUCUGGUGCAGAUUUCUGAGAACCCCGACUUCUCCGUGUGGUCAUGAACUCUGAUCGGACUUGAGGAGUGUCCAGGCUGCAGCAGGAUUCCCGGUUUUUUGCCCCCCCGGUGUAAAAAUAGCCUCCCUGUACCCCGGUGUGCUGCCCUGGACCGCUAUGGGUUCAGACGUCCGCGACCUGAACUCCCUGCUGCCCCCGGGGCCGGCGGGCCCCAGCCCCGGCUGCCCGGCGCUGCCCGUCAGCUCGGCCCCCCAGUGGGCUCCAGUCCUGGACUUCCACACGGCCGCCGCCUCGCCGUACUCGUCCCUGGCGGCCCCCCACACCUCCCUGGGGCCGCACUCCUUCAUCAAGCAGGAGCCCAGCUGGGGGGCCGCCGGGGACCCCCACCACCACGACUCGGACCCCCACUGCGGCCUCAGCGCCUUCACCGUCCACUUCUCGGGUCAGUUCACCGGCACCGGGGCCUGCAGGUACGGGGCGGCGUUCGGGGCCCCGGCGGCGGCGGCGUCCAGCCAGCCCACGGCGGCCGUGGCCCCUCCACACCACCACCAGCCCCCCAGCAGGAUGUUCAGCAACCCGCCCUACCUGACCAAUUGCAUGGACACGCAGCCGGUGGGCCGGAACCAGACAGGUUACAGCGCCGUGGCCUUCGAUGGAGCAGCUAAUUACAGCCACACUCCCAGCCACCACAGCUCCCAGUUCAACCACAGCUUCAAACACGAGGACGCUCUGGGCCAGCAGAACUCCAUGAGUGAGCAGCAGUACCCCGUCCCUCCUCCGGUCUACGGAUGUCACACUCCUUCAGACGGUUGCAGCAGCAGUCAGGCGCUGCUGCUCAGGAAUCCUUACAACAGCGGUGACAAUUUAUAUCAAAUGACCUCUCAGUUGGAGUGUGUGGCUUGGAACCCUGUCAAUACUCUGGCCUCCACCAUAAAGAGCCAUGCAGCCGGCUACGACAGCGACCCCAGCACCCCGAUGGUUUACAGCUGCAGCACCCAGUACAGAAUCCACACCCACGGAGUGUUCAGGGGGAUCCAGGACGUCCGUCGGGUUCCCAGCAUCGCUCCAGCCAUCGUCCGGUCCGAGAGCAGCGAGAAGCGUCCGUUCAUGUGCGCCUAUCCGGGAUGCAACAAACGCUACUUCAAGCUGUCUCAUCUGCAGAUGCACAGCCGAAAGCACACAGGAGAGAAACCCUACCAGUGUGAGUUCACGGACUGUGGACGGAGGUUUUCACGUUCCGAUCAGCUGAAAAGACACCAGAGGAGACACACAGGAGUUAAACCGUUCGAAUGCGAGACGUGUCAGAGAAAGUUCUCUCGGUCUGACCACCUUAAGACUCACACACGGACUCAUACAGGUAAAACAAGUGAGAAGCCGUUCAACUGUCGGUGGCCCAACUGUCAGAAGAAAUUUGCCCGAAGCGACGAGUUGGUGCGACACCACAACAUGCACCAGAGGAACCUCACCAAGCUGCAGCUGUCCGUCUGAUUGGGUUUAAACGUGAACAUCUGGGUUCAAUCUGUGCACAUUUAUCCGUCUCUGGUUCAUUCACCCUCAAAAACCCAACAUCCCAAGUUCUAAAACACCACUAAUCGCUUCAAGUUCAGGAGCUGCAGUCUGAUUUCUGAGGCAAAAUGCAAAAUGUCUCCGGAACAAAGUCAGAUUUAAGGGUUAAAAAUGUUGUGUUCUGUUCUUAAAAGUUCACUUUGACGUUCAAGAUGUGGAAUUUAAAGAAUCUGAAUCCAUUUUACUGCCAGCUAGAUGUUCAAGGACGAGGAAUUAGACUUUUGGUGCAAAAACAAGAAGAAAAAUCUAGUUGUAGGUCAAAAAAACACUCAGGAGGAACAAGUGUUAGAGGUCAUAUUAGCAGAAAUGUUCACAAUGUGCAGAAAAGUGCUAAUUAUUCACCUGAAAAUGGGCAGGAAUACACAGUAUGUAGUAAAUACUGGACUUUCCUAUAGAGGUGAUAAUAUUGUGUUUUUGUCGUCGUCAUCAAACUCCAAAAUAAAAUAAAAACCCCAAAAAAUAAAAUAAAAACCCAACAAAUUUGUGCAAAAACCGUGCAAAAUGUGCUGUUGUAUAGCUGCUCUGCUGUGUAAAAUGUAAAAGGGGCUGUUUUUUGCCCAUUUUAACCCAGUUUAUGGUCUUUUCCCGAACAGAACCAGCUAGUUUUGGUUCCUAAACUCGACCGAGUAGUUUUAUCUUGUGGACAAAAAGCAAAAAUAACAGAAAACAGUGGCAGAAAAUGUUUAAAAAAGUGUAAAAAUAAUAUUAAAAAAGCAGAUAAUGGUGAAAAUAUUUCAAAUUUCCAAGAUGACAGCCAUAAAGAUCUUGUUUUUUUCCAAAUAUAUUCAGUUUAUUGAUAUAAAAGAGGAAAUAAACCAGAAAAUAUCACAUUUAAGAAGCUAAAAUUUGCCCAUUUUGAAUUUUUUUUCCCUCAAGAAACCAAUGAAAAUGAUGAAAUUAACAACCAGUCGAUUCAUCGCUGCAGCUCCAGGCUGUAAUUUUUCUUUCUAAAAUCCAACAAACUGAAGAAUCUCAAACUAAAAAAGUAAUUUAUUUCAUUUUUUUUGGACAUUUCAGUUUGCAGUAGAUGUGAGAUUGUAGAAAAAAUUUAAUCAAUUAGUUUUGAGGCCAGAAAAUGGCAGGAAAUGGUGAAAAUAUUCAAAUUUCCAAGAUGACGUCCCUAAAUGUCUUGUUUUUUCCAAAUAUAUUCAGUUUAUUGACAUAAAAGAGGGAAGAAACCAGAAAAUAUUACAUUUAUGAAGCUAAAGUUUGCCCAUUUUAACAUUGUUCCUGCUGAAAAGUGAUGAAAUUGAUUAAAUUAACAACUGGUUGACUAAUCACUGCAGCUCCAGACAACUUUUCUUUUUAUAGUCAGAAAAACUGAAGAAUCUCAAGCUAAAAAAUUAUAAAUUUUAUUUAUGUGGACAUUUCAAUUUGCAGUACAUGUGAGAUUGUAGAAAAAAACUAACGAAUCAAUAAGUUUUUGGGCCAGAAAAUGGUGAAAAUAUUCAAAUUUCCACGAUGACAUCCCUAAAUAUCUUGUUUUUUCCAAAUAUAUUCAGUUUAUUUAUAUAAAAGUGGAACGAAACCAGAAAAUAUCACAUUUUAGACGACAAAAUUAGCAAAUUUAGACCUUUUUUCCCACCAUCUGAACUGUACUUCAUUUCCGCUGUUGUAAAUACGUCAAACUACUUUUAGAAAAGCUAAUUUAUUAUCGCUCUGUGGACAAAAGUUUUUUAAAAAAAUCACUUUUCACUGGAAUUAUUCGAUCCUCGCUGCCUUUUCCUUUCUAUUUCCACAGUUUUUACUCUUGAAGCUGCUUUUAUUUUGAAUUCUUUUCCACUUCCUGCAGCGUUUCGGAGUAAAGUGAGGAUGUUUUCUCGUGUCUCUGUGGUGUAAAUAUUGUCUGCCGGGUCACACUGGCUCUGUGGCCCAGAUGUAAAUAAUCCUUCGUCUCCAUGGCAACGGACUCGUAUUUAACUGAUAUCUGUGAGGCUUUUAUUCUGUGGACCGACCUAGGAGCUGUUCAUACUUCCUGUUUCCCCGUUCACCUGCAUUAAUAUUUGACUGGUGGGUUUUUGUAUCUUCAGUGUGAAACUUGAUGUUUAAACGUAUCGUUGAUGUUUGGA